AUGGCCUCUUCUACGCUCCUUCCACCCGUGCUCGGGCUUGCCUUCGGGAUUACCCUCCGCUAUCUUUGGUUUUCGAUGCUCGACGCGAACUAUGCAGAUAGAGGACAACUAUUUCCACACCACCUCAUCGCUUGUUGAAGGGCAUUUUUCACAGCAAGGAAGACAAAGUUGAGAGUGCAGGUGUUGCAUGACAAACUCAGGCCAGGACUGUAUUUCCGUUUGGGAUCUAAGUGCUUCAAUAUUGCGAAAAAUACACUUGUGAGUUAGGAAAAGAAAAGUUGUCAUGCUAGUACUGCCAAACGGCAGUGACAGGAUUUGGAAUUUUGCAUGGCAAAUGAGGAGGGGGGGACGAGUGAUUUUACCUUUUUCAUACGAGCCACUCCAUUCUUGAGGACGAACCCGAGCUGAAUAGCCUAUCUAAGCGGAAAAUUCAAAUUGUGUUUUUAGUGGUCGCACUUUGAUGUAUUGAUGCAGGACAUGCAAAUGCAUUUGAUGGGUUGCGUUGGUUUGUCCUUCAAAGGAAGCGUUGGACGACGAGGGAGUGUUGGGUCGUCCUUCGCCUUUCAAGCGGCGCGUUUGGAGCAGUUGGACGUAGUCUCUGCACAUGACAAACUUUUGCUGUCAUAGCAGACAGAUUUGUGAUGCUGUUUAAUAUAUGUCCCUGAACAACAAUUACUUAAAGCUACACUGAAACUACACUUUGACUUUUUUCUUACAUACCCCCCAAUUACGAGUUACCAGCGGUUCCGCGAGACUGCUUUUUUGUACGAGCACGUGCACAAGUUCGACUUGGAAAAGCUUUACCAGCCGUACCAAAAUCUGAACUACCUGCCACCCCUCUUGUUCCUCUUUUUGUACCACGGGACUGCGACCGUCUUUCCGCACGACUUGUCCUCCUCCAAGUUGCUGUACUGGUGGUUCCUGUGCGGCGUCGACGUGUGCGUGUUUCUGUUGCUAUUUUUGCUCGCGAAAUGGAAAAUCACCGCCGCUGCGGGAAAGACAAAGAAGCAGCUGUACUACCGCUUCUACCGCGACCACAGGGACGAAGAAGAAUAUUACGACCAGCAUGUUGAUCACCAGCCUCUGCUGACGCCGACCGCGGUAUCCUGAGUAAAAACGUCCCCACACCCUGAGUCAAGAUGGGAAAUCUGCAACACAAAUCUCCGAGUUUUGGGAGUUCUGCAUGACAAGUUUCCAUCUCCAGUGUAGUGCUGGUUAGCAAGGAAAGCCGCAUGAGUGAAAGCCACCUACUCAUCCUGUUUACAGCAUUACAAAUUCCAAAACACGACAGGAAAUGCCUCUCAAGGAGAUGCGCAUUACAAAUGUUCCUGUCAUUCCCAAUUUGCAUGACAACUCUGGGGUGGGGACGUUUUUACACAGGAUACGCGGUUGGUCUGGUUUACUUCCUGAAUCCCUGGGUGAUGGCCGGACACAACGCGAUGUGCUGUCAGAACCUGCACGGUUUUCUCUUGUUGGCCGCGAUUUGCGCCGCGUAUUCGGGUAUCAAAUGCAAAAAUGUCUGGGUCUGGAACUUUGCUAGACUUGUCAUGCAGGUUUUCCAUGACCCAUGUCAUAUGAUCUGUAAUGGAGGACCUAGCAUGACAGAUUCCGUGAGAUCACUAUCAUGCCUAUCCUGCAUGACAAACUUCCUCUCAAACCCUUGGUUUUUCGGGCUUGUUCCGGCCUUUUGCAUGAUCUGAUGCUGUCUCGGUCGGUGGUGUACGCGGUUCCAUCUCUGCUCCCUCGGUUGCGGACGUUUUUGCAUUUGUCCGCUGCGACAGUUCGCCUUGUUUGCGGCUGCUCGCCAUGAAAGCAACUACAUUACAUCUUGCCUCACUUUUUUUAAGAUGGGUUUUUUCGUAGUUGGGACUGUGCCAUAGUAGAUGACUUUACCGCUUUUUUGCUUUUCUUUUAUCCCUCGGCGCUGGUGGGUCUGCCGGCAAAGUUAUCCCUACUCAGAUAGCUACAUAGCUCAUCCCGCAGCCGUCCCAGGAGCUCUUGUGACUGUCUCUCGGUAGAGAUCGCUUUGCCCGUGCUUAUUCCACUCAGAGUUUGCUGGGUAGGUGGCUACCGUUUUAAGUUUAUAACCGAAUGGGACGCCCUGCCCUUAGCCUUCCAACAUGACAAACUUCCUCUCAACUUGAUCAAAAGUGGACAGCAUUUGGUAAUCAUGCAACACAGAUUUUUGCAUGAUUGUGAUUCAGAUUUAGCAUGCCAAGUUCCAAGCUUCCAGACCCAGACAUAUUUGCAUUUGAUAUCGGGCAAACAACUCCUGACCGCGGUUUUUUACAGCUUGGCGCUCUACUGCGUUCCUUUCACGCCGUAUCCAAGAAAAAAACGUUGUUAGUGUAAAUUUGUGAUGCGCAACACUCAAGAUGAUUGCGUGUGUCAUACUUGGCAUGCAUCGCAGGGUCCAUUAAAGGGCGUUUUCACGUACUAUCUGCGCAUGACAGGUUUUUGCUGUCAUGCCAGACAAAUUUGUAAUGCUGUUCCUCCAAAAAAGUUACACCUAUAAUGUUUUUUUCUUGGAUACGCCAGUGAUCUUGUUUGUGCCAUUGCUGGCGUUGUUGGCGAGUGAUUUUUUGUGUAGAAAAGAGGAUGGAGUUUUGCGACUUCCUGGAGGCGUAGCAUCCUCUUUAAAAACAAGAACGACGUCUACUAAAAACCCGGCGCCGCCAGCCCUCACAGUAGACCUGGCACGGCAAGUGGCGAGUGACUGCAAGAAGUAUAUCCAGUGCAAUAAAUAUGAUCCCUGGAAGAUGUCUGGAAGGAUGGAAAGGUUUGUCAUGCAGCUUUCGCAUGACCCAGAAGUAGGUCUGGCAUGCACGCCGUAGCAUGAUGACAGGCUUUCUCGUUCUUGGGAAGGUCUGUUAAUGCGUAAUCCGCAUGAUCAUGAAGACCAAGCUGUUCAUCUUGUUUUGGUUUCCAGAAUUGCGGCGCAACUUAUAUUGGCUACUUGCACAGCGCGCGACAGAUUUUUGUGUGAUGUGAAAUUAUGCGCAUCACAACAAGUUCACAUCCUUGUCCCUUCAGACAUCCAUGGUGGAUCUUUGCGCUUGAUAAUAUACUUGGAUUUUCGGUUGAUCACCGACAGAAGCGAAGUGCGGAAAAUCGCAAACGACCGGAUCGCGGAGGUGGAGCGAGCAGCAGAUCAUGCGGCGAAAAGUUGUACUCUUGCUCAAAAAAUUGUUGAAGAAAAAGACGAUAAUGUUGAUGCUGCAGGACCCACUUCGAGGACCACGUCAGCUUCACGGAGCAAUAACAUCACGCCAUCUUCGCCGGCAGGAGAGGAGACGAGGACGGAAACGGCCCAAAAAAACCGUGAAGACGAGCCGAGUUCUUGCCUUUCCCCAAAGGUGAUUCUUCCUGCAAGUAGCGGUGGUUCUGACGUUCUGCUGUCUUCCACUUGUUCCGAGAAGAUGUUGACAAACGCAAAAGACAGCCUAACUACAACGACGCCCGCAGUGGUCACCUCCUCCACCUCCGGCUCGCCUACGACCUCAAAACUUAUUCUGACGCACCCCCUGUGCUUGAGCCCCGAGUUUUUCCGGGAACACGGACUUUUUUUCCGGCUCUUUUUCCUGCAGCUUGGGAAGGUUUUCGGUAUUAUAUCAAAAGGUAUUAUAUAUCCCUCCCCAUACUGAAAAUGUAUGUUUCUAAAAAUUUGUGAUGCUGAUUUGUGACCACUAAUCCUGUCUCUCGUGCAAGAGGGCAAACUCAGAGACUCCGCCACGAUAUGCAGGCGAUUUGUAAUGCUGCAAGGCCUAUAGGGCAGACGUUCACGUUUGCCAUGCUAGGCCCCUACACCAAGAGGCCCCUCCUUAGGCUUACGAUCUGCGUGCAGUCCUUUGCUGCAAGACAAAUGUGAUUUGUGUACUCAAAUACAGCAGCGCAAAUUUCUGUGUAGGUCCGCUCUGCGGUCUACGGACAACUCGACGAAGAAAUAGAAGAAGAGACACAAAAGCACUUUCUUACAUGAAAUUUUAUAUGCGCGUCAGCUGUGUUUUGUAUGAAUAUGUAUGCCGUAGAUCGCAUCGGCAACGGCCGGGGCAUUAUGUUUCUGAAUGUGAUUCUUGAGGUAGCCCAUGGCGGAGAGGACUACUGUCCUCGAGUCUGCGGGAGUAGCUACCCCUCCCCUGCUCCGGGUUGUAGUUGCCAUUGGCGUCAUUGAUUGCGGUCGACAAUAUCCUUUCCCGCUGAUUGCCUUCUUUGGGUUUGUGUGCGGUGAGUAGGAGCUUGCUCCUGAUUGGUGCAGCGGUGUCGGAGGUUUUGCAGCAUUCACGCACAAACUGCAUUUUUGGAAACGGAGGGGGGGCGCGGGACCCCCAUCAUGUCGUCGCGGCGCGAAGCCGCAAAUCCCUGGUCUUCGUUCACCAUCAGAAGCUUUCGACCGGUGGGGCGCUUCACUGAAACUAAGGUUCUUCGUCAUCGUGGAAAAAACUGGAUCGGACGUGUGCCGCUGCUACCGGCUCGACACGUACAAAGCGAAUUCAGCGCGUUGCGCGGGAGUACCUACCCCUCCCCUGCUUCGGGUUGUAGUUGCCAUUGGCGUCAUUGAUUGCGGUCGACAAUACCCUUGCCCGAUGAUUUCCUUCUUUGGGUUUGUGUACGGUGAAUAGGAGCUUGCUCCUUUUUUGUGCCGCGGUGUCGGAGGUUUUGCAGCAUUCACGCACAAACUGCAUUUUUGGAAACGGAGGGGGGGUGCGGGACCCUCAUCAAGUCGUCGCGGCGCGAAGCCGCCAAUCCCUGGUCUUCGUUCACCAUCAGAAGUGUUCGACCGGUGGGGCGCUCCACUGAAGCUGAAACUGAAACACUCUGCCCCCCGGUCCUGGCAAAAAGAAAAAAAAAAAUACAGCAGCGCAAAUUUCGUUUUCGAUAUAGGGAGGGGGGAUAUUUCUUUUUUAUAUAUUACCGCAGCGCUUCUCUACGUCUCGCACCUCCUCUGCAACGAGAGCUGGGGCUUCCUCCACUCCUCCUGCUUCGCAAUCUUGCAGAUUGAGGACUUGAGCCCGAAUCUCGGCUGCUUUUGGUACCUGUUCCAGGAGAUUUUCCCGAAGUUUUAUUACAGUGAAAAAUGCUCCCCCCCCAAAAGUUGCAAAAAUUUGUGAUGCGAGGUUUCCAAGUGAACCAAAUUCAUGCAUGAAAGGAGUAUGAAUCUUUCUGAUGCAGAGUCUAGGCGUAUAUCGCAUCGCUUGCAUGACAACCGCCGCUCUUGCUGGGAUCUUUUGCAAUACAAAUUUUUGCUAUUCGCGAUCGGAAAUUUAAGUAGCUUUUCAGGAGAAGUUUACGCUAAGUGGUCGCGAUUUAUUGGUUUGAGUAGGCCUAGAAAAGGCACAGGGACGGACUGCCCUUAGAACUCCAAUGUGAUGCUGAUAGAUGCAAGAGGGCGAAUGUUUCUUUUGGAAAGGUUUGCAAUACAAAUGCGGGGGCAUUUUUCAUUGCAAUAAGUUUAUCGUCCUGUUCCUCUCCGUGUUUCACGGCCACUUGUUGUUCUACGUGUGCCCGCUUUUUCUCUUCCUGGCGCUGGACUACAAAAAGUCGAAAUUCGGCCCACUAGCCAACUGCGUGGUGGCGUUUGGGCUGGUCGCCCUGUUCCGCCCGUACCCCACGGUGGUGGACUUUUCGCUCUUAUCAACUGCAAAUAUGUCUGGGUCUGGAAGAGUGCAAGACUUGUCAUGCAGGUUUUUCAUGACCCACGAGGUCUGGUAUGGAGGACAUAGCAUGACAGAUUCUGUGAGAGUUCUAUCAUAUUAGAUACCUAUCCUGCAUGAGAAACUGCCUCUCGAUUAGGUCAAAAGUGGACAGUUUUUGGCAAUCAUGCAGCACAGAGUUUUACAUGAUUCAGAUUUAGCAUGACAAGUUGCUUUGUUCCAGACCCAGACAUUUUUUUUUGAUAGUUCCUGGUCGCAUUGUACUGCGUUUUUGCGGACCAGGUGCUGCCGGGGAAAGUGUCCGCCAGGGUCAAAACGAGGAUCUUUCUGUUGGUGAAGAAAAAAGAGACGAAGACCACGGGUUUCCGUACUAGAAGUGCAACUAUGCAUUGCAAAACUAUAAUCGCACUGGCAUAAAUUGCAUCACAAAUUCUUCAAGUCGAGAAAUGAAAUUUGCAAUGCUGAUUUACCUCCUUAGAACCCCUCGUCUAAGAAGGGAGAUUUGUUGACAUGCAUGUUGACUGACUGCAAGUACUUAGUACGAGUGCGGUUCUUGUUUUGCACAGCAUAGCAACCUCCACUUCUCCUGAUGCGGAGGUGAUCAAGCAGAGUAAACUGCAAGAGGAUCUUAUCCAAGAAAGAAAGAUUGUAGGUGUAAAUUUUUUUGGAGGAACGGCAUCGCAAAUCUGUCUGGCAUGAGAGCAAAAACCUGUGGUGCGCAGAUUUUACGUGAAAACGCGCGUGUUGAAUGGACCUUGCAAAAAUGCAUUCAUUCCCAGUAUGGAGACAGCCGCAAUCGCUUUGUAUGGUGCGCAUCUUCACUACAAAGUUACACUUACACAGUUUUUUUCUUGCAUAGAUCUUCAGCUAAACGAGGAGUUUGAGGAGGUUGAAGCUUUGGCAACACAACUAGGAACAAACAACCAGAUAUUUAUUGACAAGAAGCCCUCGAAGAUGUUACUGGAAGAUUCUCGUGAAGAAGGAGAAGUAGAUGAGAGCAAUCGUGUAGGUGCCUCAGAAGAUGACGAGGAUGUUGGUCAAAAUGAUGCAGACGAAGACGAAGACGACACGCCCUGCGUUUGUUUCGAAAUUGUGUCACCGGGAGUACGCAUUGCAAAUAUGUCUGGGUCUGGAAAAGUGCCAAGUUUGUCAUGCAUAUUUUCCAUGACCCAUGAUGCCUGUGAUGCAUGAGCAUGCCCCAGCAUCACAGAUUCUGAGAGAGCUUUCCGAUGCUCAUACCGCAUGAGAAGUGCCCUGUUCGCGUGGCAAAAACUGGACCGCUUUUGCUGUUCAUGCAAUACAGGUUUUAUGUAGAAGAGUCCAAAGGUAGUAUCACAAAGUUGCAUACUCCCCGACCCAGACAUGUUUGCAGUUCAUAGGGAGAUACAGGCGUCGAUUUGCAGCUUGUGGAGCGAAAAAGCGUGAAAAGAUCUGCGUCCUCAUCUGCAGCUUCCGCCGCCGGAUCGGCUGAUCCAACAGAACAAGUAGCGGAAGGAACAAAUACUGCACCGACGACGGCGGUUAAAGAUCAUCAUGAUACUACAAGAACCUCGUCCGAGGCAGAACUACAUCAAACUACUGGCGGCACGAAGAGCAAGAAAAACAAACUGCAGAAACUCUUUGCUUUCUUGUCACGGAUGAAGAGGAAACAAAACGGCGCUCCUGCAGCUCCUGCUGAUGAUGAUUCUGGAGCCUCUACAGCCACUGGCUGCGACGAAGCCUGUGCAAACGCACGAACAGCAGAAGAGUUUGUUUUCGUGCAUGAGGUAGAAGAUCAAUGCACGACCGCUAGUGCUUCGUCCGAUGAACACCACGAUGAUCAGGAUGGUGCGAAUAAAGCAACAAGAGAUAGUCGCGGAGAAGUGGGUCUUUCUGCUGUGCCGUCGUCGACAGUUGAAGACAGGGCCAAUAAAAAAGAAGGAUCUUUUCAUCCACCUUCUAAUUGUACUAGUACACCAAAGUCAGCAACGAGUUCUACUCCUGCAGCGGUUAAUAUUUCUACUACCCCUGCUAGUUCUUCCCCCUCGAGCUGCAGCUCCACCAGCACGACCUCCUACACCCCUCAGUCUCGCAUCGUGUUGCAGCUCGCGUUCGCGUUCUUUGGGAUUACCAUGUACCCGGUGAUGACCGCGGUUUGGCUGUAUCGGAACACGGGCAAUGCGAAUUUUAUGUUUUUCAUGCAGCUGCUGUUUCUCGUGUUUGCGAGCAUGACGCUGAUGGAAUUUGUCGGGAUCUGUCACCACGCGCAGCUACUCAUUCCACCGAGGUGUUAGUUAGUAGAAUGGACCUUUAUUUUUCUUCUGUGAAGAUAACAGGGAACACGGUAAGUACUUACUACUUGCGCCAGGGAGUUGUCAGAUGAGCUUGAAAUCAAAGUGAAAUUGUUUUUAUACUGCAGUUGUAAUAUCGUUGCUCGUGCAGAAAAACCGCUCCUCACGGAGAGUGCUCGCGGUUUAUUACUCGGAAAGGUUUUGUGAAAACCUUAACCUUUUGCC